UUUCGUUGUUAAAAUAAGGUAUGCGUCAACUAUUCAUAAUACUAUCGCUUGUGCUCAGUCUAUCGGCCUUUGCGGUGGCAGCACCAAUCCAGAUCAUCCAGAUCGUGCAUAACCUUGCCAGCCUACGCCCCCUAAGGCCAGCAAACGCGCUCCCGGACGACUGGCGUAGCCAUAUGCUUGCCCUUGUUAACGCCGAGCGCGCAAGGUUUGGCAAGAGCCCGCUUCAGCUCGAUUCCCGCCUCAACGCGGCUGCCCAAGAGCAUUCAAACUACCAGUACAAUAUUCGCCAGGUGACACACUACGAUUCCAGCGGGCCGCUUCUUCUACGUAUCGCCAGACAUAUUCCUGGAAUGCUCAGUGCUGCAGAGAAUGUAGCCUAUGGAUAUUCUGACGUGCAACGAGCAGUCGAUGGGUGGAUCAAAAGCGACGGCCACCACAUAAAUAUACUGGGUGACUAUAAGAAAGUCGGAUUCGGCGAGGCCAACAGGUACUGGACACAGAUGUUUUCGAAAUAACACUUCUGCACAACGGUGCUGGCCAUCCAAAUAAAUUAAUAAGCGAUAUAUCCACAUUGCUGCACUUGUCUUGGCAGUGUAGUGGGGCUGAUAGCUGUAUACCAGUUGACAGUGCGAUUGUUGAUCCGCCCUAAGAAAACGAGGUUUGCCAAGAAAUUCUAAAGAUAUCCCAG